ACAGUAGGUAGGGAUUUUUUUUUUUUUUUUGCAUCUACAAUAUUCAGCAAGGACCUUGAAAUCUAUAAAAUCAAUUAAAUAAGCCUUUAAAGCAUAUAGUUGUCAUAUCACACUUUUAAAACAUUUUGAGUGACACCUAACCACGCCUACUUUGUUCACGUAAACCUGUAUUGCAAAAUUUAAAUAAAAAUGUAUAGGGUUGGCCUAUUUUUUUUAGGGUAGUUCGGGUUACGCCAACAUAACAUUUUGUUUUUAAGGCCUUUUAUGAAGAAGCUGCUUUAGCAAAUAUUAAAUUUAAAUUAUUAAACUGAUAUUUUACAUUAUGCAAAUAUUGACUGCUUAUCAAGAAAAUGGUGAAAUCUAUCGCCCUGAGGUGAUGCGAGACGUAGCGGGUAUUGCUAAAUCCCGCAAAUCCUGCAUACCCCACAAACCUCCAAAAUCACAUUGUAGAACUCAUCCAAACUACAACUUUAGAUAUAAACAAGUGAAGAAAAGUCAUGUCUCUCCUAUGCAAACAGAUGAUGAAAUUGUACCAGAUUCUGUUGACAGUGAUCUCUCUGCUAAAAUACCAGAUGGCGAGAAGAUUGAUGAAGAAUCUGUAGACAUUGAUACCUUUUCUAGAUCACCCCCAGAUAGUGAAAAUGUUGACCAAGCACCAGUCAAUGAUUCUAUACAAAUACACGGUUAG